UACCGGUGCUGCCUCAGGGAGGUGGUGGCCGACCAGGACGUGGGGUGGCCCGCAAUGAAGCCGCCUAGUUCAAUGCAAACAAGUGAGUUUGACUCAUCAGAUGAAGAGCCUAUUGAAGAUGAACAGACUCCAAUUCAGAUAUCAUGGCUACCCCUGUCACGAGUGAAUUGUUCUCAGUUUCUUGGUUUAUGUGCUCUUCCAGGUUGUAAAUUUAAAGAUGUUAGAAGAAAUAUCCAAAAAGAUACAGAAGAACUAAAGAGCUAUGGUAUACAAGACAUAUUUGUUUUCUGCACCAGAGGGGAACUGUCAAAAUAUAGAGUUCCAAACCUUUUGGAUCUCUACCAUCAGUAUGGAAUUAUCACUCAUCACCAUCCAAUUCCAGAUGGAGGGACUCCUGACAUCACCAGCUGCUGUGAAAUUAUGGAGGAGCUUGAAAUUUGCCUUAAAAAUAACCGAAAAACCUUAAUACACUGUUAUGGAGGACUUGGGAGAUCUUGUCUUGUAGCUGCUUGUCUCCUCCUAUACCUGUCUGACACAGUGUCACCGCAGCAGGCCAUCGACAGCCUGAGGGACCUGAGAGGAUCUGGAGCAAUACAGACCAUAAAGUGCCCCAAGGAUAUUACUGAUCUGUAGAUCUGUACUGCCAACAGAAAAAUACCCCCAGCUACAGAGUUCCAGAAAAUAGCAAGGAGAGAUAAGAAAGCCUUCUUAAGUGACCAAUGAAAAGAAAUGGCAGAAAACAGUAAGAUGGGAAGACUAGAGAUCUCUCCAAGAAAAACUGGAGUUACCAAGGGAACAUUUCAUUCAAAGAUGGGCACAAUAAAGGACAGAAAUGGUAUGGACCUAACAGAAGCAAAAGAUAUUAAGAAGUGGCGGCAAGAAUACACAGAAGAACUAUACAAAAAAGAUAUUAAUGACCCAGAUAACCACGAUGGUGUGCUCACCUAGAACCAGACAUCCUGGAGUAUGAAGUCAAGUGGAUCUUUGGAAGCAUUACUACAAACAAAACUAGUGGAGGUAAUGGAAUCCCAGCUGAGCUUUAAAAGAUGAUGCUGUUAAACUGCUGCACUCAUUAUGCCAGUAAAUUUGGAAAACUCAGCAGUGGCCACAGGACUGGAAAAGGUCAGUUUUCAUUUCAAUCCCAAAGAAAAUCAAUGCCAAAGAAUGUUCAAAUUACCAUACAAUUGCACUCAUCUCACAUGCCAGCAAGAUUUUGCUGAAAACCCUUCAAGCUAGGUUUCAGCAGUAUGUGAACCGAGAACCUCCAGAUGUACAAGCUGGAUUUAGAAAAGGCAGAGGAACCAGAGAUCAAAUCUCCAACAUACACUGGAUCAUAGAAAAAGCAAGGGAAUUCCAAAAAAAACAUCUACUUCUGCUUCACUGACUAUGCUAAAGCCUUUGACUGUGGAUCACAAAGUAGCUGUGGAAAAUUCUUAAAGAGAUGGGAAUAUCAGGCCACCGUACCUUCCUCCUGAGAAACCUGUAUGCUGGAAAGAAGCAAGUUAGAACUGGACAUGGAAAAACAGAUUGGUUCCAAAUUGGGAAAGGAGUACAUCAAGGCUGUAUAUUGUCACCCUGCUUAUUUAACUUAUAUGCAGAGUACAUCAUGCAAAAUGCUGGGCUAGAUGAAUCACAAACUGGAAUCAAGAUUGCCGGGAGAAAUAUCAGCAACCUCAGAUACGCAGGUUAUACCACUUUAAUGGCAGAAAGUGAAGAGAAACUAAAGAGCCUCUUGAUGACGGUGUAAGAGAGCCUAUCACUUCCUGGCAAAUAGAUGGGGAAAAUGUGGAAACAGUGUCAGAUUUCAUUUUCUUGGGCUCCAAAAUCAAUGCAGAUGGUGACUGCAGUCACGAAAUUAAAAGAUGCUUCCUCUUUGGAAGAAUAGCUAUGUCAAACCUAGACACAGCUUUUUAAAACUUUGGAAAACUCAGCAGUGACAGAGUUUUAAAAAGCAGAGACAUCACUUUGCAACAAAGGUCUGUAUAGUCAAAGCUAUGGUUUUUCCAAUAGUCAGGAAUGGAUGUGAGAGUUGGACCAUAAAGAAGACUGAGUGCCAAAGAAUUAACACUUUCAAACUGUGGUGCUGGAGAAGACUCUUGAGAGUCCCUUGGACCAGUCAAUCCUAAAUCAACCCUGAAUAUUCACUGGAAGGGGUGAUGCUGAAGCCGAAGCUCCAAUACUUGAGCCACCUGAUAUGAAAAGCUGGCUCACUGGAAAAGACUCUGAUGCUGGGAAAAAUUGAGGGCAAGAGAAGGGGGUUACAGAGGAUUAGAUGGUUGGAUGGCAUCACUGAUUCAUGGACAUCAGUUUGAGGAAACUCAGGGAGAUAGUUAUGGACAGAGAAGCAUGGCAUGCAGCAGUUCAUGGGGUUGCAGAGUUGGACACGUCUUAGCGACAGAACAACAAUGCUAACUUGCCUUCCCUUCCCAGUUCCCUGGUCUCAGCUUUAGGACUAAGUCAGAGGAGCAGGUUCUGAAAACAGAAGCUCCCUCUUGUUACCUGUUAAAAUCAAAUGAUGCUUCAAAUUUAAGAUGUUCCCAAGUGUCUCUUUGACAAGAACAAAUUACAUGGACAAACAUGUAUAUGUGUGUGUGUAUGCGUGUUUUGCAUCUUUAACCUUAAGCCCGCAUUAAUAUGAGCUGUCCAUUUAUCACCUCAGCAUUCUGGGGCAAACAUGUUUUUUCCAUCUCUAUGCUGAUAUAAGUUAAGUUAGCAGUAUGCAAGCCCAACUUCUCAAUAGUAAUACAAAAUGAGAUUUUGGGCAGGGUAAGAAUAUCCUCUAGGCAGCUGUUAAAACUCCAAAUGAAUUAAUUAAAGAAUUUUGCUUAUCUGUUGAGAUUAGUGAUUUUAUUUCAGUAUUUUCUAUUAUGGAAAUUGUUCCAAAAUGAUUUUAUCAUCACAAAAAGCAGACAACAAAGGCUUCUGUAAACCAAGAAAUAGAUUUUUCUUGAAUAUACUGUUAGUUGCUGCAGACAGUGCCGUUCCCUGUGGACUUACUCCCCAGGAGAAAAUGCAUUAGAAAUAGAAUACCAGGCCUGCUUUCCAUGCCUGGGUUGGGACACUCCCCUGGAGAAGGGAACAGCUACCCACUCCAGUAUUCUGUCCUAAAGAAUUCCACAGGGUAGCAGAGUCAGACACGACUGAUUGACUUUCACUUUCACUUCAUGUGUUAUUUUUAAUCUUAUUUGCUCCUGCCAGUAAAGGGAGAAAUGAUUUUACAGACAUAAAAUGUUCAUCUGUAUUUCAUAAUACCUGCUAACUUUUAGAGAUUUUUAAAGCAAGUUUUUCACACUAUAUAUAGCUUUUGUUGUUGUUUAGUCACUAAGUCGUGCCCGACUCUUUGCGACCCCAUGGACUGUAGCCCUCCAGGCUGCUCUGGCCGUGGGAUAUCCCAGGCAAGAAUACUGGAGUGGGCUGCCAUGCCCUCCUCCAGGGGAUCUUCCUGACCUAGAGAUUGACCUCAGGUCUCCUGCAUUGUAGGUGGAUUCUUAACCACUGAGCCACUAGGGAAGCCCUGUAUGUAGCUUCACUGAAAGAUAAAACUUCCCCAAGAUGUAAAUACCUCCUUACCCAAAAGGAUGCAGAAUCGUUUUUACCAAGUAUUAUUUUGAUUCCUGAUUCCAACUAGUAUCAUUACUACUCUGGCAAUUAGCUUUCUACAAUGUAUUUCAGUGUAUCUUUACU